AUGGCGGAGAGUGUGGGGAGUGAAAAUGAGGCAGGAUACCUGUCGGGGAUCUUCCAGGAGAUGCUGAAUCCCAUUAAUAUGUUCCUCAUUGGAAUAAUUUCAUUUCUGGUGUACAAAAUCUUCCGGAAUACCACGCAAUCAAGUAGCUCCAAGAGCGCACCUGUGGAGCCAACCCUGCCGCGUCUCCGGCGAGACUUCACCGUGCAGGAGCUCCGGCAGUACGAUGGCAAUCAGCCGGACGGAAGGAUUCUCGUGGCAGUCAAUGGGAAUGUCUAUGACGUGACAAAGGGGAAGCGUUUCUACGGACCAGGUGGACCCUAUGCUGCAUUUGGUGGCCGGGAUGCUUCCAGAGGUCUGGCCACAUUCAGUGUCACAAGCAAUGACAAUAAUGAAUACGAUGACCUCAGCGAUUUGAAUACAAUGGAAAUGGAUUCUGUCCGCGAAUGGGAAAUGCAGUUUAAAGAAAGAUACAUUUUCGUUGGAAAAUUGCUUGCACCAGGUGAACAGCCAACCAACUAUUCCGACGAAGAUGAGGAUGCCCCAUCGGAUAAGGCGGCGGAAAAGCCGAAGGAGGAGUGACGGUCAGGGGUUGAGCAGCGCUGCCCACACCGGGACUUCCGUACGUGGGGGGGAUUCAUCGAUUGUCAUCGUUUCUGUGAAUUAUUCGGGUUCGAUUGAGGACCCCUUGCGUGGGUGGCAAGAGAAGAAGAAAAAAAUUUACUAAUUAAGUGUGUAACAGCUGGGAUCAGUUUUUUAAUUUAUAAUUUAGAGAAAGAACAAAAGAGAAAAAAAAACAAAGAGAGACUCUAGAAUGCGUGCAAAAUGCACUCGAAUUUGCUAACUAUAAAAAAAACUAAUUAAAAAAAAUAUAUAUAAAUGUUAUGAAAGGAGGUCCUGCGUGAAGAAAAAAAAACAAUGAAAAAUUGAUUCCCACAGUAAAUGUAAUAAUGUCCUUUUUUUCUCUUUGUGUCCCUCGCGAAGGUAAAUGAUAAAAAAAAAAACAUAAAACAUGGUAAUGUUAGACUUAUUUUCUUCUUUUUAAGGCAAAAAAAAUUGGAUGGGUAUGAGAGGAAAAUGAAUUUAAUAAAAAAAAAUUAUACAGUAUAUAUUUUAGGCUCAUUUUGUAAAAUAAUUUAGAGAUUUUUCUGGUUGAGGAUCCAUUUUUUUAAAAGAAUUUUUUUAAAGUAAUUUUUCCAUUGUGUCCUUUUUUGUCGAUUUGUGGUAGAUGAGGAGGAAACGUAUGGCAGCAGAUUUGUGCACAAUGUUUUGUAAGUGGAUUUGUAUUUUUCAAUUAAAAACUUUUUUGGUUGAAUAA